CAGCAUACAAUCGAACUGGAAUUAAAUACAGAGCCUCUUAACGGCCAAAUGGCUUGGUCAUCUACACUGAAGGGCGUGAUUGUCCUAAAGAUAUUCUAUAACAUCAAGCACCUGGCACAAAAAAAUAAAUUUUUUAUACAAAUCCAUCUUAAGGAUAUUGGAUAUAGUAUGGAGACAGUCUAAACUAACCGCUCCAUUCAGACUCAGGGUCACCAAAUGUGCCUUUCUGAUCGUGUUCGUGUUGUAUCGAAUGCUGUUUAGUGGACGAGUGGAAGUGAAUAUUGUUAUUCUCUGUACACAAAACCAUUAAACUAAACAAUAAAAUAAUCACAUACUCGAAAAUCUGUUCCAUAUGCUCCUACUCCUUUGAAGCAAUUUUUUUCAGAAUAGUUAUUAUAUGACUAUGGAGUGUUUCUGCCACUGUUUUACCUGGAUAUCACUUUUUAUAUUGCUUCAAGGGAUUUGUGAGGCUUAUAAACAACAAAAAUUACUUGUGAUAUCCUUAGAUGGUUUCCGUCAUGAUUAUCUAGAUCAUGCUAAGCUUCGUAAUGUUAACAUUUCCUCUUUCGAACGGAUUUGGAAGACCGGAGUACGUGUUAUGAAAGUACAUAAUGAGUUUAUUACUCGAACAGGACCAAAUCACUUAUCACUGGUAACUGGGAUGCAUGAAGAGAGUCAUGGUAUUGUUGAUAACAUGUUUUAUGAUCCUGAGCUUAAUGAUACUUUUGACUUGAGUAAUACAAGGCAUUUAUCACAGUCAAAGUGGUUUGAUGUUGGGUCAGAACCAAUUUGGGUUACAAAUCAACGUCAUGGUCAUAAAAGUGCUGUUACAUUUUGGCCAGGGAGUAAUACACCAUUCAAAGGACAAUUACCUAGUUAUUAUUAUUCACAAUAUAACCAUCAACUUCCUUUAGUCGAUCGAAUUAAUCAAACUAUUAAGUGGUUAGAUUUAGAUAGAGUGACACUCGGUCUAAUAUAUUUUCAUGAACCUGACUCACAGGGUCAUUUGACUGGACCUGAUUCUAUUGAAAUUUAUAAUGUUAUCGAGAAGUUAAAUGAUGAUAUCGGGUACUUACUAUCCUUAAUUGAUACUAGGCCGUCUUUAAAGUCAUCACUUAACAUUAUUUUAACAAGCGAUCAUGGGAUGUCUGGAGUAGAUACUAAGAGAAUAAUUAUUUUGCAUGAUUAUAUAAACGAGAGCAUGUAUUAUAGUCCGGGGCCAGAGGAUCGUAUUUUUUGGUCAUUAUGGCCAAAAGAUGGUAGUUCGUCUAUUGAUCUCUACAAGAAGCUGGUCGGAAAACAUGCAAAAAUGAAUGUUUUUCUGAAGAAUAAUAUACCUAUUCAUUUGCACUACUCGAAUAGUCGACGAAUCGGCCCGGUAGUUGUGUAUUCGGAGCCUGGAUGGACAAUCGUUAAAUCACAAAAAUCAGUUGCAAAAUUUACUAAACGCGGAGAUCAUGGCUAUGAUCCGGACCAUGAUGAAAUGUCUCCAUUCUUUCUAGCUACGGGACCAGGUUUUAGAAGUGCGAUUGUUGGUGGUGGUCAAAUAAUUAGUUCUAUUUAUCUGAUUGAUAUGUAUCCACUGAUGUGUGCCUUACUCAAUUUAAAUAAACCAGCUCCAAACAAUGGCAGUUUAUCACGUGUGAUGUCACUCCUUCGUCAUAGUAGUGGUAUUAAUGUCUACUUCUCAGAUUUUCUGGAUAUGUUCACUGUCGGAGUUGUUUUAUUAUGUUGUACAAUUGUAUCAAUGAUAUACAUAAUAUGUACAUGUAUUUCAUCUACACGUUAUCUUUAUCUAUUUCCUGAUAAUACUACUAUUAAUAGUAGUAAUCAUAAUGAUAAGUUUAAACAUUAUAAUUAUCAACCAAAUUUAUUUCUAUUACAACGACGUUUACGUAAUAAAUCACAACAUCAACAUAAGAUGAAUUCUUUAAAAAAUGAAUCAUUUAAACAAAUAACAGAUAGACAACGAUUACUUAAUGAUACUAUUAAUAAUAAUGAUAAUAAUAUUAAUGGUUAUGAUGAUGAAGAAUAUGAAGAAUAUAAUCGAUUUUCUGCUCGACAUAUAGAUGAUAAAGCUUUUAUAAAUUUACUUCGUCAACCAAAUAAUAAAUAUCCUUAAUGAUUUAUUGUUUGUUCCCCUUUCACCCUGUUAUCCUAUUUCUCCAUGUUGUGAUAUUGAAAUUUGUGAUAUACCAUGGUGUUAGGUGCUGUGUACCAUUUUAAUUGUCAUUAUUGGAUAUGCAUAGACAAGUGCAUAGAUUUUGUAUUUCUUUUUGUUUUAAUUAUGCCUUCUAAUAACUGUAUGUACUUUUGAUUUCUUUGUUUAUGUGUGUAUACACAUACUUGUAUGAACCAUGCAUCAUCACUCAAGGGAUCAGUUCGAUUAUGAUUAUUCUUUGUGUAUAUGCGUGUAUUUGUGAUAUUUUGCCAAGUGUUCUUUCAUUAUUUUUAUUAAAUAUCAUUUAGUUACCAAGUUUUUAAUGUUUCAUUUUUAUUAAAUUUCAUGGUCAUCAUCUGUUGUGACAUGUGGUGACCGAAAUCUGACACUAACACAUGGUGUGCCAUGCACUAACCUCCCCCCUCCAACUGACCACUUGAGCGAGAA